AUGGAUAUUGAAUAUGAAAUAACAGAGAUUGUUCAUCAAAAUAGUGUUGGUAAAGUAACAAAAGUUGAUUAUCAAUUUGAUGAAACAAUUGUUAUUGAAUCAUCAACAUCAUCAUCAUCAACAAGUAUAGCAAGACAAAAUAGAGAAAAACGAAAUCGUCAAUAUGAUGUAACAAUAUCAUAUGACCAAUAUCAAAAAAUAGCAAAUCAACUAUCAAAUGCAUUAUCAUUCGAUGCAUUUAUUAAUGUUUUACGUCCAUUUAUAAUGGGUUAUUAUGCAAAUGACGAACUUGAGCGUGCUUUUAAUAUAUUAGAUCGUGAUCGAUCAGGUACAAUACAUGUAACUGAAUUGAGUAGUUUUUUACCUAUAUUAAAUGGAACAAUAAACAUUGAUGCAUUGAAUGCUUAUAUACAAAAAGUUGAUGCAAAUUUUGAUGGUAAUUUAAAUUAUGAUGAAUUUCGUUCACUUGUUUUACGUGGUAUUGGACGAGAUAUUAUUUGUAAUCAUGUAUAA